UGAGAACUAAACCGAGAUGGACUACACCAGUCUGAACCGGUUUCAGCCGGUCUGAUGAACAAGCCGAGAGCAGAGCUCGCCUAGAAACUCUUUCAUACCGAUGCCUUACAAGCGACGCGGCUUUUUCUUUCUGAAUGAUAAAAACAACCCAAAUUCUGAUUUAAUUCAAGACAAUAAAGCGGCGAGGAGUGAACUCUGUUAGCCACCUAGCAUAGAAACUUUAACCAAUCAGUGACGUUAGCUAGUUAGCACUGAGGCUAACCUACAGGGGUCAGCCUAGCUCCGAGUCUAGCUUUUUUUUUCCCUCACAGUUAGCCCGAGUUUAGCUCUUCUCUCUUGAACCGUUGAGUUUGUGUGCACUAUUAAACGCGCCUGGCUUUAAAACGUAAUUUAUUAAAAAUUAUCAGCAUCGGAAUCAGCAAGCGGCUGCGCCAACUGUCUUCAAGUUCAUUCAUGUUAGCAUCCUGCUAACGCGUCAUCAUGCUAUAAAGCGAUUUGGCGUGGGUUUGAAUUGUGCAAAACUAAUUCCUGUUAAAUACAGAAAAAAAAAAAGAAUUAAAGAACCAUUUCAUCACCGAGGAGAGUUUUAUAAAAACCAGCUCUAUGCCAGCAGAUAUGACAAUGUUAGCGGACCACACAGCCCGGCAGCUGCUGGACUUCUCUCAGAAACUAGACAUCAACCUGCUGGACAAUGUGGUCAACUCCAUGUACUAUGAUGUUGGAUCCCAGCAACGGCUGGCACAGGAAGUCCUUACCAACUUAAAAGAUCACCCGGACGCAUGGACCAGAGUGGACACCAUCCUGGAGUUCUCGCAGAACAUGAAGACCAAAUAUUACGCCCUUCAGAUUCUGGAGUCCGUCAUUAAGACACGCUGGAAAAUUCUUCCAAGGAACCAAUGUGACGGAAUAAAGAAAUAUGUUGUUGGACUGAUUAUCAAGACGUCAUCUGAUGCUAACGUUGUUGAGAAAGAGGCAGUUUACCUGUCAAAACUCAACAUGAUCUUGGUGCAGAUUCUGAAGCAGGAGUGGCCGAAGCACUGGCCCACGUUCAUCAGCGACAUAGUGGGAGCGAGCCGUACGAGCGAGAGCCUGUGCCAGAACAACAUGAUCAUCCUGAAGCUUCUCAGCGAAGAGGUGUUCGACUUCUCCAGCGGACAGAUGACUCAAGUCAAAGCCAAGCACCUGAAGGACAGCAUGUGUAACGAAUUCUCCCAGAUUUUUCAGCUUUGCCAGUUUGUCAUGGAAAAUUCCCAGAAUGCUCCCCUGGUCCAAGCCACGCUGGAAACCCUCCUGCGCUUCCUGAACUGGAUUCCUCUGGGCUACAUUUUUGAGACCAAACUCAUCAGCACCCUGGUGUACAAGUUCCUGAACGUUCCGAUGUUCCGUAACGUGACCUUGAAAUGUCUGACGGAGAUCGCAGGCGUGAGCGUCAACCAGUACGAGGAACAGUUUGUGAACCUCUUCUCUCUCACCAUGAUGCAGCUCAAACAGAUGCUGCCCCUGAACACGAACAUCCGCCUGGCGUACGCGAACGGCAAAGACGACGAGCAGAACUUCAUCCAGAACCUCAGCCUGUUCCUCUGCACCUUCCUCAAAGAGCACGGCCAGCUGAUCGAGAAAAGGCCCAACCUGCGGGAAACCCUGAUGGAGGCUCUCCACUACAUGCUGCUGGUGUCUGAGGUGGAGGAGACCGAGAUCUUCAAGAUCUGUCUGGAAUACUGGAACCACCUGGCAGCCGAACUGUACAGGGAGAGUCCGUUCAGCACCUCCACGUCACCCCUGCUCUCCGGGAGUCAGCACUUCGACGUGCCCCCGCGCAGGCACCUCUAUCUCCCUGUCCUCUCAAAGGUGCGUCUGCUCAUGGUGAGCCGCAUGGCCAAACCGGAGGAGGUGCUGGUGGUGGAGAACGAUCAGGGUGAAGUGGUGAGGGAGUUCAUGAAGGACACCGACUCCAUAAACCUCUACAAGAACAUGAGGGAGACUCUUGUGUACCUGACCCAUUUGGACUACGCCGAUACGGAGAGGAUCAUGACUGAAAAGCUGCACAACCAGGUUAACGGAACCGAGUGGUCCUGGAGGAACCUGAACACGCUGUGCUGGGCCAUCGGCUCCAUCAGUGGAGCCAUGCACGAGGAGGACGAGAAGAGAUUCCUAGUCACGGUCAUCAAGGAUCUGCUGGGUCUGUGUGAGCAGAAGAGAGGAAAAGACAACAAGGCCAUCAUUGCUUCCAACAUCAUGUACAUCGUAGGCCAGUACCCUCGGUUCCUCCGCGCUCACUGGAAGUUCCUCAAGACGGUGGUCAACAAACUCUUCGAAUUCAUGCACGAGACGCACGACGGCGUGCAGGACAUGGCGUGCGACACGUUCAUCAAGAUCGCGCAGAAGUGCAGGAGGCAUUUUGUGCAGGUGCAGGUCGGCGAGGUCAUGCCCUUCAUCGACGAAAUCCUGAACAACAUCAACACCAUCAUCUGCGACCUGCAGCCGCAGCAGGUUCACACGUUCUACGAGGCUGUAGGUUACAUGAUCGGCGCUCAGACAGACCAGGCAGUGCAGGAGCAUCUGAUUGAGAAAUACAUGCUGCUACCCAACCAGGUGUGGGACAGCAUAAUUCAGCAGGCCACCAAGAACGUGGACAUCCUGAAGGACGCGGAGACGGUGCGCCAGCUGGGCAGCAUCUUGAAGACCAACGUGAGGGCGUGUAAGGCUGUCGGCCACCCGUUCGUGGUGCAGUUAGGGCGUAUUUAUUUGGACAUGCUUAACGUCUACAAGUGCCUGAGUGAAAACAUCUCCUCCGCCAUCCAGGCCAACGGCGAGAUGGUGACGAAGCAGCCUCUGAUUAGGAGCAUGCGCACCGUGAAGAGAGAAACUCUGAAGCUCAUCUCUGGUUGGGUCAGUCGUUCCAACGAUCCACAAAUGGUUGGGGAGAACUUUGUUCCUCCUCUGCUGGAGGCCGUCCUGAUCGACUAUCAGCGGAACGUACCCGCCGCUCGAGAACCCGAAGUGCUCAGCACCAUGGCCACCAUCGUCAAUAAGCUCGGAGCCCACAUCACGCCGGAGAUACCCAAGAUCUUCGACGCCGUCUUCGAGUGCACCCUGAACAUGAUCAACAAGGAUUUCGAGGAGUUCCCCGAGCACAGGACAAACUUCUUCUACCUGCUGCAGGCGGUGAACUCGCAGUGCUUUCCUGCCUUCCUUUCCAUCCCACCAGCCCAGUUCAAGCUGGUACUGGAUUCCAUAAUCUGGGCCUUUAAACACACGAUGAGGAACGUAGCCGACACGGGUCUGCAGAUCCUGUUCACCAUGCUGCAGAACGUGGCUCAGGAGGAGGCCGCCGCUCAGAGCUUCUACCAGACGUUCUUCUGCGACAUCCUGCAGCACAUCUUCUCCGUCGUCACUGAUACCUCCCACACGGCUGGUUUGACGAUGCACGCCUCCAUCCUGGCCUACAUGUUCAACCUGGUCGAGGAAGGAAAAAUCAGUGUAACCCUGAACGCCGGCACCCCCGUCAACAACCAGGUCUACGUACAGGAAUACGUAGCCAACCUGCUCAAGACGGCCUUCCCUCACUUACAAGAUGCGCAGGUGAAGGUGUUUGUAACUGGUCUGUUCAGCUUGAAUCAGGACAUUCCUGCCUUCAAGGAGCACCUUCGGGAUUUCCUAGUGCAGAUAAAGGAGUUUGCGGGCGAAGACACCACCGACCUGUUCCUGGAGGAGCGCGAGGCAUCUCUGCGUCAGGCUCAGGAGGAAAAGCACAAACUGCAGAUGUCUGUGCCGGGAAUCCUGAACCCUCACGAACUCCCCGAGGAAAUGUGUGACUGAGAUUCUCUCUCAUGGACAGAUUUAUACGCAGGAAAAGAAAGAAGGAAAAACAAAACAAAUCGGGAGCGCAAAGCUCUGUGAACAAACGUUUGGUGUGUGUGUGUGUGUGUGUGUGUACAUACUGAGAGUGUGUGUGGCGGGAUGAAGAUGGUAAAAAGAAUUCUGAAUGUAAAUUUCGACCAAAUCGUUGCCGAUGUGUAAAUGAAACGAGACGCCUGGUUUGACCCCCUGCUGUUUCGUAUGAAGCUUCGGUCGCUCGUUUUCUUUCCUUUCCUUUUCUUCUUUUUUUUUUUUUUUUAAAUAAAUAUUAGGACGUUUUAUAAUGAGAGAA